GCCUCUCUCUUGCUCCAUCGACUCACAACAAGGAGGAAGCCAAGAUGUCCGGCUGUGUGUUAUUCUCCAUUUCUUUCAGUCUAGGCUUCCUCUGGUUAACCGGCGGAGCCGUGUCGAGCCGGGCUAUAACCGACCACCAAGAGGGCCUUGUCAGUUUGAAUGAUAUGUUCCGUGAAGUGGAAGAGCUGAUGGAGGACACCCAACACCUCCUGGAGGAGGCAGUAGACCAGAUAUCAACAGAGAGUGCUUUGGAUACCGAUCAUCGUUACUACAACGAUACUAAUAAAGUUGGGGCAGAUAAAGCCACAGCGGUUCAAGUACUUCAACAAACUGAUGAAGAAAUGACAAACAAUACAGGAGAGUGGAACAGUCUGCAUCAUGAGUGCAUGGUGGACGAGGACUGUGGUGAACUGAAGUAUUGUUUGUAUGGGAUCGAUAACUCCAAGUGCCUCCCCUGCAUACCAGCUGAUAUGCCCUGUACCAAAGACGAAGAGUGUUGCUCAAGUCAGAUGUGUGUGUGGGGCCAGUGCACAAUGGAUGCCACUGAGGGAACAGAGGGGACAAUCUGUCAGAGUCAGAGUGACUGCAGACCAGACCUGUGCUGUGCCUUUCAACGAGAGCUUUUAUUCCCAGUAUGCAACCCCAAACCAGGAAAAGGGGAUUCCUGCCUGAAUCAAACCAACCUGUUGAUGGACAUGCUGGCCUGGGACCAGGAGGGUCCUCGUGACCAUUGCCCUUGUGCCAAUGACCUGCAGUGCCAAUUUCAUGGACGUGGAUCUGUGUGUGGAGAGUAGAAUUGGAAAGAGGGCGUCACAAAACCUGUCCUGAGGGAUCAGAACAUCUCACCGACUGCCAUCAGUUUUUCAGAGGUUAUGAUUACUACAAGACAAGUUGCACUGUAAUAAACGAUGCCAGGAGCCUCGACAAA